AUGCAGCGCGUUGAACGGUUGAAGAUCACUUUCUUGGUGGAUAAUUCCAUCGAAUGGAUGAGCAAGCUCCCACCAGGUUUUUCUCAUGAAAUCAAGCAUCAUAUGACACAUGAUCCUCCCAUCGACGAUUUGACUGGCGUGCCCAUAUGCGAUUUGGAGAACUUCUGUUGCGGUGCCCACGGGUUUUCGGCCCUGAUCGAAACAGAAAGCAGGGGUCAGACGCAUUAUACCCUGUUUGACACUGGACCAGAGUCCAAAUCCCUUGUACGGAAUCUGCAUGCCCUGAAGGUGCCGAUCGACCGCAUUUCGACGGUUAUCCUAUCACACUGGCACUCGGACCACUCGGGAGGUCUGCUCUCCUUUCUACAACUCCGACAACAGCAAGGAGCAAGAGGGAACGUCGCCGUUGACCUGCACCCGAGCCGUCCGAUAGCUCGCGGGGGCGCACCACCGCCUAACUAUGACAAGGUAUCAUGGCGACUUCCUGCUGAUCCUACCUUUGAAGACAUAGAGAAAUGUGGGGGAACGGUACAUACAAACGAUCAACCCCAUACGGUUGCCAGCGGGACUGUGUACGUGAGCGGGGAAAUUCCUCGCGUCACAGAUUUCGAAGAAGGUUUGAUGGGUGGGAUGCGAUUCGUUGCGGACAAAUCGGAGGGUAAAUGGAUAAGGGAAUGGGAUAUUAUGGAUGAACGUUAUGCAGCUAUUGAUGUCCUGGGGAAAGGACUGGUUAUCUUCACGGCCUGUUCUCAUGCCGGGGUUGUUAAUGUGAUACGGGAUGCUGUGAUGAGGCUUUCUAGGCCAGUUUACAUGGUAGUAGGAGGAUUACAUCUCGCCGGCCCAGAAACACAUCACCGGAUUCCUUUGACUGUGGACUUCUUAUCCCGCCAGCUGCGCCCAACACCAACAUACGUAUUGCCCAUGCAUUGCAGUGGCUUUGCCGCCAAAGUUGCUCUGGAACGCGAGCUCAAGGAUGCAUGUGUCCCUGCAUCGACGGGAAUGACUGUAGAUGUGGAAGGCGAUGCAUCCUUUGACGGACGGCUCAUGGAACCAGUUAUACAGCAGUAAACAGUUUCCGCGUGCUAUCUGGAUGCUUAUGCACGCUCUUCGGCGGAUAAUGUUGAGCCCACGCAUGCUGUCGCAGCAUCGAUAAAUCAUUGACAUAUUUAC